AUGGUCUGUGAAAAUCACACCAGAGUCACUGAAUUCAUUCUUUUUGGUUUCACAAACAAUCCCAAGAUACAGGUUUCCCUUUUCAUCCUGUUUCUGGCCAUAUAUAUGGCCACUUUGUUAGGCAACUUUCUCAUUGUCACAGUUACAAGUAUGGACCCUGACCUUCACACGCCCAUGUACUUCUUUCUCCAAAACCUGUCACUUCUGGAAGUCUGUUUCACUCUAGUCAUGGUGCCCAAGAUGCUGGUGGAUCUACUGUCCCCAAGAAAAAUCAUCUCUUUCGUGGGUUGUGGAAUCCAGAUGUAUUUCUUCUUCUUCUUUGGGAGCUCUGAGUGUUUUCUUCUCUCUGUGAUGGCUUAUGAUCGCUUCGUGGAUCUGUGCUUGAGGAUGGCCGUGGGCUCUUGGAUGCCUGGUGUCCCUGUAUCUAUGCUGCAGACAGGUUGGCUGAUGGCCCUUCCUUUCUGUGGACCCAAUGCUGUAGAACAUUUUUUUGGGGGGGACGGUCCUCCAGUGUUGAAGCUAGUCACCGAAGAUACAACCACAUAUGAAAUGCAAGCACUUGCCUCCACACUUCUAUUUAUCAUGUUUCCUUUCUCCCUUAUUUUGGUCUCCUAUACCCGCAUAAUCAUAACCAUUCUGAGGAUGUCUUCUGCUACUGGUCACCAAAAAGCAUUCUCUACUUGCUCUUCGCACCUCAUUGUGGUAUCUCUCUUUGAUGGAACAGCCAGCCUGACCUACCUUUGGCCUAAAUCGAAUCAGUCCCCUGAGAGCAAGAAGCUUGUAUCAUUGUCCUAUACAGUCAUCAGCCCCAUGUUGAACCCCAUCAUUUAUAGCCUAAGGAACAGUGAAGUGAAACGGACAGUCAGGAAGAUAAUGACUCACAAGGUCUUGCACAAGACAGAAGUGUUUUUGUUUUUUUUUUAA